AUGAAAUUCUUAAGCCUCAAAGAUAGGCUACUAGAUGAGCGGACGCCUUCGAUGCUCGGCUUCCCUCCUUCCAUUGGCCUUAUCCACUUUGUCUGCAUCGGUGGGCAUGGAAUGUCAGGAAUAGCUUUGAUUCUCCACCAGCUGGGAUACCAAGUGCAAGGUAGCGAUAUUAAAGAAAGUGAUAACACACGAAGACUCCGGGCCGCUGGUCUGACUGUGUUUAUUGGCCAUGACACCGCCUAUGUGCGCUCUGCUAAACUGGUGGUUUCGUCAGGACAAGCCUUGGCGAUUAAAUGGCGAACCAAAGAAAAUAUUGAGGUCGAAGCCGCCAGAGCAAAUGGAAUCCCAGUCAUACACCGAGCUAAGAUGCUGGGUGAGAUUAUGCGGAAUAAGAAGGCAAUUGCCGUCGGGGGCAGCCACGGCAAAAGCACCACCACGAGCAUGCUGGCGGCAAUUAUGCGGGCUGCUGAUUUGGAUCCCACGGUUAUAACUGGCGCAACUAUGAGUCUGUACGACAGCAACGCCUACCUUGGAACAGGAGAGUGGAUGAUAGUUGAAGCGGACGAAAGUGAUGGGUCUUUCCUGGACUUGCCUCAUCUGGUGACGGUUGUGACGAACAUUGACAGUGACCAUAUCAACUUUUGGAAGGAAGAAAGGCACACCCGAGAGGCGUUCUCCAAAUUUAUUCAUAAUGUGCCCUUCUUUGGACUCGGAGUUCUUUGUAUCGACGACUCAGGCGUCAAACAAAUCAUGCCUUCGGUGCAGGAUCAAAAUAUCGUGACGUACGGGCUAUCCGAAGAGGCAGAUGUCCGUGCAGAGGAUCCCAUAUACUCACCCGAUAGCUGCUCUUUCGUUAUCUCCGUUCGUGACCGACAAAGCGAGUGCCGUACGACAAUCGGUCGCAUUACUUUGAAUGCCCUUGGAGUGGCGAAUGUUCAGAAUGCACUCGCAGCGCUUGCAAUUGGCAUCGAGAUUGGUAUCGAAGUACCGAUAUUAAGUCAAGCACUGAGUACGUUUCCCGGUCUGCAGCAGCGGUUCGAGCAUAUCGGAGUUAUCAAUGGAAUCACCAUCAUCAAUGACCAUGCUUCUCAUACUGCCGAAAUACGAGCAACAUUGAAUAUGGCAAAGCAAGCCGGGGCCAAGAGGAUUAUUGCCGUUCAUCAGUCGUGCAGCCGGGCUUCUAUGGCAGAAGAUUGGGUCGCUGAUGGAUACGCCAGUGCCUUUGAGGGAACAGCACAUAUCAUAGUCGGUCGAGCCGAAGGGGUGGAGGAGAUCCAGGCUGCACAGGGCCAGGAUACCCUAGUUCAGUCGCUUCGCAACUUUGGGCACUCAGAAGUGACUUCGAUGGAUGACUCAACCCAGUUGCCUAACCUAGUGUCUCGUGUCGCAGAGGACGGUGAUUUUGUGGUUUGCAUGGGCUAUUUGGGGUCAGAUGGGUGGUCAAGAAGCUUGAUAGGUGAAUUGAGAAAGCUGAAAUCUGCCUGA